ACACUCAACAACAUUCCAUCACUAAGUUCAAUUAAACGAGAAGACGUUCGCGCUACGCUGAGAAGGACUGACCACGAUCUAAUAAAAUGGACCCUUGCGACUGCACCAAGACUGGAACCUGCAACUGCGGCACAUCAUGCACCUGCCUAAACUGCUCCUGCACAACAUGCAAGAAAAGUUGUUGCGAGUGCUGUCCAGUAGGCUGCAACAAGUGCGCCUCCGGGUGCGUGUGCAAAGACAAUGGCUGCGGUACAAAUUGUUGCCAGUGAGGAUUAUGUCUCAAAAGCUUCCUAAUGGGGGGGCUUGUUGGAAGGGACCAAAGUAAUUUGUUAAUUGCUGUACUCUCCCAAAAUAAACUGCAUCUUCUCUACCUGUUCACAUUUUGAUUUUUGGCUGAAAUG